UUGAGCCCCAACACACAACAGCAAACAGGCCACCACAGACUUAUACCACGUCCUGAGCAUCGUCUGGCAGAUUUUGGAGGACUUCAGCCUCCUCAAAAAGUAGAGACGGCUCUGUCCCUUCUUGUAGAGGGCAUCAGUGUUCUUAGCCCAGUCCAGUUUAUUGUCUACAAACACUCCCAGUGGUUGCAUUGACAUCAGUGGUGCACUUGUGCAGGUGCGCCCCACGUGUGCUGUCAGCCAUGCCUGUGACAUUACAGUUUCUCAGGGGUUUGCCCCGUGCCAAGCUCCUGGCCGCCAGCCUGUUACCGUGCCAACACCAGUCCCACUUUAGUCCUGUUUCCUCCUGGCCCACUUCACGACGCCCCUCCCAUAUCUGGCGAUGCCAUCUGUCAUCGAGGAGUUACCGGACCACCUCACACCUUCAUAGCUAUACCCUCACCCCGCCGCAGGUCAACUCCAUUCUCAAAGCCAAUGAAUACAGCUUCAAGGUGCCAGAGUUUGAUGGGAAGAACGUGUCAUCUGUGAUGGGAUUUGACAGUAACCAACUACCAGCAAAUGCUCCCAUAGAGGAUCGCCGCAGCGCAGCCACCUGUCUGCAGACAAGAGGGAUGCUGCUGGGUGUGUUUGAUGGCCACGCCGGCUGUGCCUGUGCGCAGGCGCUGAGUGAGAGGUUGUUCUACUACAUAGCCGUAUCACUGCUGCCUCACAACACCCUGUGUGAACUGGAGGCGGCGGUGGAGGCCAGCCGGCCCCUCAGCCCCAUUCUGCAGUGGCACAAACACCCCAACGACUACUUCAGCAGGGAGGCUCAGAUGCUGUAUUUCAACAGCCUCCGCACCUACUGGCAGGAGCUCAUCGAUCUCAACAGCCCGGAGGAGACUCCGGACACGGCGGAGGCGUUGCUGAACGCCUUCAAGAGGCUGGACAACGACCUGUCUCUGGAGGCUCAGGUGGGGGACCCGAAUGCCUUCUUGCACUACUGGGUUCUGAGAGUGGCCUUCUCCGGAGCGACCGCCUGCGUGGCUCACAUCGACGGGCCAGAUCUGUACAUAGCCAAUGCAGGGGACGGCCGGGCAGUGCUGGGGGUGCAGGAGGAGGACGGCUCAUUCAGCGCUCACACGCUCUCCAAUGAUCACAAUGCCCAGAAUGAGGAAGAGGUGGCUCGAAUACGGAGCGAGCACCCUCCAUCCGAGAAGAAGACGGUCGUACGACAGGACCGGUUGCUCGGCCUCCUUAUGCCCUUCCGUGCGUUUGGCGAUGUGAAGUUCAAGUGGAGUAUCGAGUUGCAGAAGUGCGUACUGGAGUCGGGACCCGACCAGCUCCAUGAAAACGAGCACACCAAGUUUAUACCCCCCAACUACCACACACCCCCGUACCUGACCGCCGAGCCGGAGAUUACAUACCACAAGCUACGGCCACAGGAUCGCUUCCUGGUGAUUGGUUCUGACGGCCUCUGGGAGACCCUCCACAGACAGGAAGUGGUCCGUAUCGUGGGAGAGUAUUUAACGGGGGUGCACCAGCAACAGCCCCUCACCGUAGGAGGCUACAGGGUCACCCUGGGACAGAUGCAGGGGCUGCUGGAGGAGCGGAAGGCCCGCAUGUCCUCCGCGUUCGAGGAUCAGAACGCGGCGACCCACUUGAUCCGCCACGCGGUGGGGAACAAUGAAUUCGGCACCAUAGACCACGAGAGACUGUCCAAGAUGCUGUCCCUGCCCGAGGAGCUGGCCCGCAUGUAUCGCGAUGACAUCACCAUCAUCAUAGCUCAGUUCAACCCUCACGUGAUCGGAGCACAGAGACAAGAGGAUCAGUCCUGAUCCAGAGCAGCCAAUAAGCAGACAGAAACCCUUCGCUGGUGUCGUACUGAGGACUAGCAUGCACACACACAAACACUCAUCCCCUCUAGCCACGCACAUGUAUUCACAAGCACAUAAUCUGCGGGCACACCCGCCCUACCGAAGAGAAGAGGUAUCUGUCCAGCAAACGGAGUUAUUUUAAGACUUUUUUUGUGUCAAGAAAGAACUUCCCGUUCGUACGCAAGUCCCACAGAGACCCGAGCUCCUUUGAGGGUUCCACAAAACCAGAUCUCCCAGGAUGAGUUUAACGACUCUGGAUCACCUUUCUCUUUGCCUAUUUCAGCCUCUCGCACACCUUAGAUAUUUAUGCCGUGCGGCUACUCUGAAUUUCCGUCACAGCUGUCGAUAUGAAAGAGUCAUGGCCGGCGGGAAGCCGAGGCAUGCUACCCUUUGUGCCAAGAUUCAACCACCUCUAACGGUGUAACUGGGGCAGGAUUUAUGGGGAUUCCGAAGGGGGUUCGAAGUAUAGGGCUUCGCAGGGAAUGAGGCGUUGAGGCACGCAGCGUUGAGCCGCCCUCUUAUUUUCGCUUUCGGAGGUGGACCCGAAUCAGCCUGCGCCAUUGAAGCGCCGCACCCUUCUCUUGAGUCGUCUGUUUUUGAUAAUCCGUACCGCUUUGCGCGGGCAGUUUCAGGCGCCAUCCUUUCCGUGGUCUUUUCUGCUUUUACUUGAUGUUACAUUGGAUGGCCGUGCGCGUCCCCCCCCCCCUCCCCCCGUAUGUUCCCCUCAUUCCACGUGCGGUUCUGUGGGACUCUUGGUGCCUCCCCAGCACGCUGUGUUCCCACAUUUGUUUUGCGUCGGUCUAAAAUCAGAUAGGACCGUGAACCUUAGAAGGACUUGCAUCACGUCGCCGCUGCGGAUGGAAUGCUGUCCACCUUGCUUCGCCACGACUUGACUCCGGCGAAGGAUGUGAUCAGAAAAAGCUGAUAACCGCUAAAGGCGGAGCGGUAAAUUCCACCGAGCUGUGGUCAACAUCUCGGCCCAGACGGCGGACGAGAGUCGAGCGGGGGUCCUUCUGAUAUUCCACAUAUUGGUGUUCUGAUGUUCCUCGGUUGGAACGGAGCCAUUGAUUAACCACUCCCGGCAGACAAACACUGGCUACCGCGCCAAGGUCAAGGUCAAGGUCACGUCAACUUUGUUCAUUGAGCCCUAAGUAGCGGUUAGUCUCGGGGGCGCCACGUGUCACGCGGGGCAAUACAGCUCCGUGCACACAGCAGAGGCGCGCCAGCCUCGGUAAACGACCAGGCCGUGUGAGUUUCUGAACAGUUGGUUAGUGAUCUCAAGAGUCCGUGGUAACUUGUGUUUAUUUGACGGGGGGGUCGUAGGUCACUGGGUGAAAAAAGGGACACGUUUAAAUCUGUCCACGUCUGCGUUUUUGCUCGUAACGCGUUCCUCUUCUGUACAGUUGUCCAAGAGUGGACGCAGGGUGUAUUUAAUUCGGGUGGUAGGGAAGAAUAUAUGUGUAUAAUGCCUUAUAGAUUUUUUUUUUAUUUUUUUUUACGGUGGGUCGCUGGUUUCCUGGUUGACUGUUUGUUACUGGUUAGGCCAUAUAAUCAUUCGUAAUGACAUGAAUGUACAUAUGGUUUAAAUUUUUAAAACAAAACAGAUGCAAGCUAGUCCUCCUGGCACAGUCCCUGUUGGGACACUUACUCAACGGGCUCUGGGUGUAGCCGGCUUUAUCGACGGGCAAACGAACGGGGAGAGCGUGAAAUCUUCGAGAGGGUGUCUGAAUACUUGAAGGUUAUUUAUUCAGCUUUAGCGACAUGUUACACUUCUGUUAUCUACGGUUUUACCAGUAAAACGUAACCUACGUGUAUUCUGUUUUGUAUCUGGAAUGUUGUAAUAAAAGAUUG